AUGGGAAGUGCAGCUACAACUUUAAUAUUUUUACUAUUUUUGACUGUAAAUACGUGCAUCAACAUGGAUCAUGGCUCAAUUCCAGCAGCAACAAAUGAAAUCUCAUUUGAUUUAGGCCUGACUCUCUCACUUUUGAAGCUAGAGAGAUUUUUAGUCUCUUUGAGUAGGUUUUUUUUAUUAUAAAUGCUUUUCAGAUUUUAAAAUUUGAAUUUGAAAAAUCGCUUAAGAAUGUAAGCUGUCUUAAGUUUAAUAUAAUUAGGUAGAGAUCUCGCUAUAAUAGUAUUUAUUAUAUAUAUAUAAUUAUUUUAAACUAAAUUAUUUAGCUUAUUUCCAUAAAAGUAAACUUUUUGCCCAAUUAUUGUGCUGCUUGUAAAAUGAAAGAGUAAGCAAAAUGGAAUUGGGAGCAUUAGGCUCACUGGUCUUUUUAGGUAUAGCUAUCGGCGGCAUUGCUGCAGGAAUUUGCUUCCAAAAACUAAGCCCUAAAUUUGUCCUAACGAUUGCAUUAUUUUCAAUAUGUAUUUUUAUAGCUCUCUUUCCAGUCUCCUCAAAUAGCAUUGCUCUUGUUUAUUUAUCGAGAUUUAUGACAGGCUUUUUCCAAGUAAAUUAUAUACAGGUUUUCCUAAUCGCUUAUAUUCCAGCGUGAAUUGAUAUUUUUGCUUCAGAAAAUCAAAAAACAUUAUGACUGACAUACCUUCAACUAACUGUUCCAUUUGGGAUGAUGUUUGGAUAUAUUCUAACUGCAGCCAUUACUGAAUAUUGGGAUGUAAAACGUAUUUAGUGGGAAUAUAGCUUUAUAAUACAAGGCGCUUUAUUUAUACCUUGUGCAAUAAUAUUGCAAUUUUUCCCAUCAAGCAUGAUACAUUAUUCUGAAGAUGCUCUUGCAAAAAGGCAAAGUGAAAGUUUAUUAUCUUUAACUCACGAGAAAAAGAAAUUAAUCCUCCUCUUGGUGAGCCGAGAAAAUUUCGAUCACUUAUGAGGCAUUAAUUUUUUAAAAUUUUAUAUCUUUAAAUCUUUAAAGAUUCUAUCGUUAAUUGCUUGCUUUUGAGCAUUGCAACCUACAUGUUGAAUCUUUUCUACGUGUGUGAAAAGAUUAUUCCACAUGUAGGUUGCAAUGCUCAAAAACAUGCAACUAACGAUAAGAGAUUUAAUUCAUACAAUUUAUGUAUUAAAAGUUGUAUCGUUAUUUGCAGAUUUUUAAACUUUACCACCUAAGUGUGGAUUUUUUUUCCGCGUGUGAAAAGAGGAUUCUGCAUGUGAAAUCAAAAGGGCUCCACACGUGAAAAACACCUUUUCACACACGGAAAAAAAUCCACACUUAGGUGGUAAAGUUUAAAUAUCUGCAAAUAACGAUAAUAAUAAUAAUAAUUAUUAUUAUUAUUACUAUUAAUAUAAAGAAUUUUAUAUCGAAUUUUUUUAUCCUUAUAGAUUUUUUUAAGUCUUAUUUAAUGUUUUUACUAGCUCACGAGAAUGGUGUAAAGAAAAAAAUUUAUCAACUGCUGACAAAUCCUACUUAUUUAUGGUCAAUAUGUGGGAUAAUGACAAGCUAUUUUGUAGUAACAGGAGCACAGUUCUGAACAACUGAUUAUUUAUUAAAUGUGCUUAAAAUUAAAGGAACUUCAAUAUUUACGCCUUAUGCUGUUACUUGCUUAACUGCACCUACCUUAGGGGUUGCUGGAGGGGGUUAUUUAUGCCAUAGAUGCGGCGGCUAUAAUGGAGAAAGAGCAAAAAAAUUAUGUGGAUUACUUGGGUUUCUUGGAUGUAUCUUUGCAUUGCCAUUGCCAUUUGUCGGAAGUCUUGAAAUGUUUGCAAUGCUUUUCUGGUUUAUUUUAUUCUUUGGAGGUGGAGUUAUGCCUGUGCUAACAGGAAUUAUGAUAAGCUCUGUCAAAAACAACAUGAAGCCAUUAGCAAGCUCAUUUGCUUCAGUUGUGACAAAUUUAUUAGGAUAUCUUCCAGCGCCUAUUGUGUAUGGAAUUAUAUGUGAGUACACAGGUGGACGGAAAUCUCCUUAUGGGAUGAUGUUUAUAAUCUAUUGUUGCUUUAUUUCAGAGUUAUUUAUCAUACUUACUGCACUAAUUCCACCUGCUUCAUAGUGACCAAGAAUGCAUUAUUAAAAUAUUUUGAUAUAUAACAAUAAUUUUUGCAAGUGAGACCUCUAGAUAAUUUUAUAAAAUAUUUAGUUAACUUGCAGUUUUAACAAAUAAAUUUUCAAUUAAAUUAUUUUUUUUUUAUAUUAUUUAUGAAAAAAUUAGCUCCUUAAAGAACGAGCAGAAAAACCUUGCUUGCUCUUAAUGGAAAGUAGUAAGCAAAAAUAAAAUAAUUCCAAAACUUUAA